CAGCCUCUGGCUGUCUCCGCACUGCUGGCCCGUUGCUGUUGUGUGUCACAGCCAGCAUCGCGGCAGCAGAAAUUUGGCGAACAAAUCACGGACAGUUGUUAGCAAACUGCGCGCUCCUUGCCUUGCGUGGACAUAUCGAGGGGACGUAUAGUUUUUUUUUUCUUUUCUCUCUCUCUCUCUCGCUCUCUCUCUUCUCAGCGUUGUGCGCUGCCUUGGAAGCACGUUUCUGCUCCUGGCACCCCUCCUACCCUGCAUAUGUGGAUGCUUGACUGCGGAUUUGAUGGUGCUGAGCAGGGUCGUCUGAUUGAAGUCUCUGCGGCCAGGCGGGCAUUUGCGGGGCCGCAGAGAGAGAAACCUCUGUCCACGACUGCGUCCGUCCCCUGCCCCGUGAUUGUUAAUGGACUGCGCUCCUUCCGUGAUUUUCUGCAGUCUCUCUGAGUCAUUUGUGGUAGAAGAUGGCGGACAGGGCUGAGAUGUUUUCCCUAUCCACUUUCCAUUCCCUCUCUCCUCCUGGCUGCAGGCCAGCCCACGACAUCAGCCUGGAGGAGUUUGAUGAUGAAGAUCUCUCUGAAAUCACAGAUGACUGUGGGAUUGGACUCAACUAUGACUCUGAUCCAUAUGAGAAGGAUUCCCUCAUUCUGGAGAAGAACGACAUACACCACCCAGUUUGCUCCUUCCAGGAUGACUUCCAAGAAUUUGAGAUGAUUGACGAUGAAGACGAGGACGAUGAGGAGGAAGAGGAAGACGAGGAAGACGUCGACCCUGAUGCGCCCCCGUCUCCCUCUGUCUCCCCUCUUUUAUCUCCUACCUUUGGCACACUGAAGAGCAGGCCCACCACACUGAACCUCACCACUGCUGUGUCGCAGGAUUCCCUGAACAACAACAGCAGUUUAUCUCCAAAGAAAGGAAGCUGGCAGGACUCUUUACGCAACCCAGCCUCACAAGGCUGUCUGUCUCCAACCCACUCAUGUUUGGAGGAUGGUAGUCAUGUGACAGGCCAGUGCCCAGCCUCUCCAGUUUCCCAGGCUCCAGGGUCUCAGAGCAAAGAUACUCCACCAAAACAGGCAGGGGAGGGCGGGAACCCCCAGUCUCCUCAUAGGCCCCUCCUCUGCGACAUGGAGGGCAACAGGCGGGAGAGGCCCGAAUACGGUUCAUUUGGACAGCAUAAGUCUCACCCAUGCUCUGCUGACGUCACUGAGUCAAAGACAGAUACUUCAAUCCAGACAGCCAGAGUACCUUCCGUUGACGAGCAUUCCCAGUGUUCAGACACAGAAGUGGACCAUGACCUCAACAGUGAUCACAACCACAAACACUCAAACCGGCGGGCCACUGACACGUACACAAUCACCAGCGAGUCAGGAAUGGAGCCGGAGAACGAUCUGGACCCAGACGGAACCAGUCGCUGCUUGUCAUCCACUGCACCCCUGGGAGCCAACGAUGGUGCAGACACACCCUUGUCUGAUGAAGAGCUGGAGAAGGAUUUUGAAGUGGAGUUCAUGUGUAAAGAGACCUACGAUAUGGUGUGUAAGGAGAAUCAGUCGUCAUAUGUGGAAUUCCCCUCCAUUGAGCCUUCUGAGCCUACAUCUUUCUCCAGCUAUCAGUCAUCAAGCCGCUCCGAAGCUCAUGAUCAGUCUCAAGUAGUAUCUGCUAUGGAGGCAGCAGCCAACGAUUCCAACUCUCCAUCCUCAGAUCCAGGGAUAGCGGAUAUGAACCAGCAGGGUUACAUGACCUCAGACCAGGACAAAGACCUCAGCUCUCCAGGCUCUGACUCCGACCUUGAAGGGGAACUGGAGGCAGCUUUUGCUUGUGGAGGACCUGUGGUUUCCAACAUGAUCUCUUCCAUCUCAGAGACAGAGCUGGACCUGACUAGUGAUGAGAGCAGCAGUGGCCGUUCAUCACACCUCACCAACUCCAUUGAGGAAGCCAGCUCGCCUACAUCAGACCAGGAACUGGACCCAGAUACAGAGUUGGAGCAGGAUAGUGGAAUCGUUGGACUGAAAGCUUCACUGCUUUUGGGUCAGCCCGACCCAAUCAAAGAAGGCUCUACUCUACCCUCUCCUUCCCCUCUUCCUUCGCCCACUAUUGCUACACCCUCCCCUGUUGACUCACCCUUCUUACCGCCUGAGUCCUACGAUGAUGGUCAAGCUCUAUUAGGCCUACAAAAUGUAGAUGAUGAGCUGCCAUAUGAGCACCAAGCUGACCCGGAUGAGACUCUACCUCCAACCCAGUGCUGUGAGGACAGUCUUGCUAGACCAAUGGUUCUCCAGAUAGAACCAGACCACAGCCUAGAGAGCUUCAAGCGCUCCUUCUACCUGCCAGUGGGGCCCAGGCUAAUGCCAAGUGCAGAUGAAUAUGAUGGAACAAGUGAGGGAGACUCUGAAUCAGAAAGUGAAGAUGACCUGAGUGAGAACUCAGACUCUCCAUGGCUUCUCAGCAACUUGGUCAACCGGAUGAUCUCAGAGGGCUCAUACCCAAUCAGCUGCCCCGAGGAGUGCUUCAAGAGGAAGGUGUCUGUGUCCGAUACCAUCUCACCAUCUUCAGACAUUGGAGAGGGAGAUAGUUUCAACGAUGAGGACCAGGAGAAGAAAGCAGAGAUGGAGCGAUCACAAGAAAGAGAUACGGAAGGUCAAGGUUGUAGGAAGGAGAGGAUGGAGCAAGUAGCGAGGGGUAGGAAUGUGGAGUCUUCAAAAGAAGGAGAAGUGAUAAAUUCCCAUCUCUAUAUGAGCAACCCCACAGGCGAUACCAUUACCCCACUGACUUUUGAGUGUUGCACAGACAUUGAGGGGGGGACCACAGAUUUCAGCUCCUUGUAUACCACUAAAGACUGUGACAAGAACUCCACAGAAAAACCAUCUAAAAAUGCCGGAUCACAGCAGGAGGAUGAGGAGCCCAAUAAUGACUUGAUGAUGCUGGAGGGAAGAAGGGAUUUAGACUCACCCAGCCUUACUGAGAGUGUUGUCAGCGACAAGGAUGAAGGAAGAGAAACUGAGCCCAGGCCGACAAGUCGCUCCUCAGCCUCUCUGGAGCGCAUCACGGAGGUCAAACACAGCCUGACCCUGGACUUACCUACUGCACAGACCAACCGCUGUUUCAGCUUCACCUACUCCACAGACAAUGAUGAAGAGGAGGACAAUGGUGACUCCUACCCUUUCCUGGGCAGCUUGAGAAAGCAGUCCUAUAACGGUAGUGAUUUAGAGCUCGACAGCUCACCGCCCAUUGAUUCCAGUGUGCAAGUUCAUCCGUUACCUGACCGUGACCUCCCACUGUGUGAGAAAGACCUGGUUCUGAGGCAACCAAAUGAAGAUGAUGGCCUGGCCUAUGACUCCGUGAAGUACACAUUGGUGGUGGAUGAGAAUACUACCCUGGAGCUAGUUAGUCUUAGAAGGUGCACCUCUGUUCUGAGUGAUGACAGUGAGCUUUCAACUAUCUGUGACGAGGAGCCUUUGGGGACAGGUGAGGUGGGUUAUGGUCGUGAUGAUGAAGAAGUGAGGCCAGAACUUCUCAGCUCCUCCGAGGACUCGUCUCCUGAGGCUGACAUCCCAUUUUCUAAGAAGUUCCUAAAUGUGUUUGUCAACAGCACCUCUCGCUCCUCCAGCACAGAAUCUUUUGGACUUUUCUCAUGUACCAUCAAUGGAGAGGAGAGGGACCAGACACACAGAGCAGUCUACAGGUUCAUUCCAAGACAUGCAGAUGAGCUGGAGCUGGAUGUGGAUGAUCCAUUAUACGUUGAGGAAGAAGAGGACGACUACUGGUACAGAGGCUAUAACAUGCGGACAGGGGAGAGAGGGAUAUUCCCUGCUUUCUAUGCCCAUGAGGUCAUAGGCCAGUCUAAGGAGUUGCUGGGCAUGAAAAGAAAUCCAGCUUGGAUCGAAACUUUCAGUGUUCAGUUUUUGGGGUCUGUUGAGGUACCUUAUCACCAAGGCAACGGGAUUCUCUGUGCUGCCAUGCAAAAGAUUGCGAUAUCAAGGAAACGGACCGUACAUGUGCGACCUCCCUCUCUGUGUGAGUUGGAGAUCAGCUUACAAGGAGUGAAACUAAUCAUGAGCCUGGAGGAUGAAUAUGACACCCUUGAUGAGUAUGACAGAUGUAGUCACUUCUUCCAGAUGAAAAACAUCUCAUUCUGCGGAUGCCAUCCGCGGAACAACUGCUACUUUGGCUUCAUCACUAAGCAUCCGAUGCUGAACAGAUUUGCUUGCCAUGUGUUUGUAUCCCAGGAGUCCAUGCGGCCUGUGGCUGAGUGUGUUGGACGGGCCUUCCAGGAGUACUACCAAGAACAUCUGGAAUAUGCCUGCCCAACUGAGGACAUCUACCUGGAGUAAGAUGAGUUGCCAUGACAACCUUCCUCCUCUACAGCUUAUGUACAUUCAUCAAACUUGCCACUAGAGGACGCUGUCAGUUUUUCUUUUUUAUUUAUUUAUUUAUCUAUUUAUUUUCUUGCUCCAUUGUAAAAAACUCUCCUGCAUCCUGCUAAAACCAGGAUCCUCAUUUCUACAGUUUGCUAGUCAUUUAACUGAUUUUGACCAUCUCUCUUUCCUCCCUUAAUUCCAUGGAUUGAUUGCCUGUUUCUUUUAUCUUUUUCUAUGAUAUAAAACUAAGAAGCUGAGCACCUGUUUAUUUAAAGGUUCUUCUUUUGAAAUGAAAAUAUACCUACUACGGCUGUAUCACUUUUCAAUGCAUGGCUAGUAGGACUACUGCGCACAAACACACCAAGAAACACACAUAUCCAAGAGAAUGGCGUGCAGCUCAACAAUCAGUGAGGGAAUGCUGUCGAAUCAACAGCUUGGCAUUUCAGUUAACUGUAAAUAUGUUUUUUGUUCAAUACUGAGAAAUGGUUAAUUUGCUUUCUACUGACGGUGACAUUGGAGAGUCAUGGUAGAGACAUGGUAGAGAGAGUGAGCGGUCCUUGAUUCAAGCUUCCCAUGUUGCGUACAAAACGUAGUGUUUGUUGUAAAUACAUGUAUAGAAAGUAGACAUACAGGCACCUCAUCCAGACUAAUUAAGAAACAGUUUAGACUGAUUUUGUUUAUAGUUUUGAUGUGGGUUAAAAUUACUCACUCUGACCAGAGUGAGAAAAGUUGACUUAGAGUAAACUUUGAAUGUCAUUAGCUGUGCAGAUAUUUAAAUUCAGCCUGGACUAGAUCCAGUAGCUGUUAGCAAAUCUGAAUGAUAUGAAAGCACCGUUUUCCUUCUGUCCAGUCCUGGAAAGUUGCACUGCUUGUCGAUCUUUACAGUGAGGAGCAAAUCAUUCAUCGGUCAAAGUUGCAAAUCGUAGAUCACUGCACGCUUUGCUAUCAUGGAUGUGGAUUUGGAUUCAAAGAAAGCAAAGGCCCUCUGACAAGCCAUAUUCUCACAGUUCUGACUGUUUGAUUUUCUGUGAUGUGCUAGUCUCACUUUUCUUUUGACUUGGAAGUUUCAAUGAGGAAAAAGGAGUGACUAGAUCGACCAGCAGCUGCACAGCACCUAAUUCUUAGUCCUGGUAACACAGUCGAGUCAACACUGUAACAAAGCAUUAAAUGGGAGGUUUCACAGUGAUAUAGAUGGUUAAACUUGAUCUAAUUUUGAAGUAGGGGCAGUAAAAGUGAUGACAUCCUGUCUCUUCCUUUUUUUCUUGCUUGUAGUCUGGUCACAUGUUACACAAUGACCUACGCUGCUGUUGUAGUAUCAUAUGACACUGCAUCGUACAGUCGAGCACCUUAUAUAGAGAAGGGGUAUAUUUAAAUUUCAGGCUUUCGGGUUAUCCACCUCUAGCCAUCCCUAAUGUUAUUUCAAACACUGUCAAGCAUCUUGUUCUGCUGCUUUCAUUAGAUGUGCAGGAUUUUGCUGGCGAAAGCUAUCUGGAAGUGGAUACGGCAGGAAGAAGGGUAUUAUCUACAUGUGUAUUGCUGUCAGUAAGAUCAUGUAUAUACAAUAGCAAAUCUACAAUAGUGCUGUGUCCUUUAUGUUUAGUAUGUUAAUGAAAUGAAUAUGUACAUUCAUUAAGGAGAAAUUUUAAAAGAAAAAAAAUCACAAUUAGAUGAGCAACCCUGAAAGAGAAGAAAAUAUUAAUAUAUGUGAUCUGCAAUAAUUUUGUUUCAGUGUCUUUAAAUUUCGGAACAAGCAGUGACAUUUUGGUCCCUACAAACUCCAAAAUUCUCUAGACUGGCUUCAGCAGAACAUUUAGGGCACAUCUGUGAGAUGCGACGUCACCAGUGUGCAACACUCCCACCAGACUACCAACCAACCUGCUGUUAGAGCCCAACAGUAACGGAGUCAGCUGCCACUGGAAAACUAUUAUUGUGUCUUGCCGAUUAUAGUAAUUGCCUUUGAGCUCCAACAGUGUGCCCCAUCUCUGAUCUGUAUCUAUUUGCUUCUAUGUUUUUCUAUCUUGUUACAGCCGAGUUCAGAUCCUUCUUUUCACACAGCAACACUAAAACAGCCUCUGAGGAUGUUCCCUCAUAUAGCCGCUGACAGUUACAGUUAAACUGACUUUUGACUUUAUUACUUAAACAAGAUUCUUCAUUGUAUUCCCAAAGCAAAACAGUAUGUGACCGAGCCAACGUAUACUAUCUUGUAUCUUUAAAAACAAGGACUUGUAAAAUUGAAGGGAAAUCAAAGAAAAAUGUUUAAAAAAAAAAGAAAAUAAGAAAAAAAUCACUCUGCCUUGUCAUGGGUUUGGUCUUAUGAAUAAAAUAUAUGCUUGAUGUCCGAA